AUGGAAGUUAAUCGCCGAGUCAUUGAAGUGCUGCCCAAGUUGUUACCAAGCCAGGUGGUUGAAAUCACGGAUUUAAGCGCCACAGAGCUGGCAGCCAAGAUACGAGACAGACAGUACUCGUCUGUGCAAGUAGCCGAGGCGUUUUGUCAACGCGCUGCGGUAGCCCAUCAGUUGACGAAUUGCCUGACCGAGAUAUUUUUUGCCGACGCACUGGAUCAAGCUCGCCGCCUCGAUCACAUCCGUGAUACUACCGGGAGAACCGUCGGUCCCCUGCACGGCGUGCCAGUGUCGGUCAAGGACCACUUCAAUGUCCAGGGCCAGCCCACCACUGCUGGGUACAUCUCGUACGCGGACCGGCCCGUCAAGGACAAGGACGCCCACAUUGUCGCCAUCAUGCGCAGCGCCGGUGCCGUUCUAUACGCCAAGACCAACAACCCGCAGUGCAUGAUGGUUCUCGAGACGGUCAGCCGCAUCUACGGACGCACUCUCAACCCGUGGAACACCGCCCUCGGCGCCGGCGGCUCCAGCGGCGGCGAGGCGUCGCUCAUCGCCCAGCACGGGUCGCCGCUCGGCAUCGCGUCCGACAGCGGGGGCUCCAUCCGGGUCCCGGCCGCCUUCCACGGGCUCUACGGCUUCAAACCCUCGGCCAAGCGCGUUCCCACCGCGGGCUGGGAGUGCACCAUGGCGGGCGCCGAGUCCAUCACGGCCGUCGCCGGCCCCAUCGCCCGGAGCGUGCAGGAUCUGGAGCUCUUUUUGCAAGUGGCGCUCAGUACCGACCCGUGGCUCCAGGAGCCGCUGCUGGCGCUGCCGUGGCGGUCGCAGACGUGGCGGCUCGAGACGCACAAGCUGAGCGUCGGGUUGAUGCUGUGGGAUCAGGUGGUGAUGCCGCACCCAUACAUUACGAGAGUGCUGAAGGAAACUGCUGCCAGACUGAGGGAGGCUGGGCACCAAGUGUUCGACUUUGCGCCGUACGACCACAAGCGGGCGUGGGAUGAGAUUCUGCUGCCGCUUUACUUUACCGACGGUGGUUUAGACAUCAUGCAGACCCUUGCGGCCGGAAACGAGCCGAUCCUACCGUCCGCCGAGAGACUCCUUUCCGACCCCAUUGUGAGGCUACGUUCUGUGAACGAAGUUUGGAAGAAAUGGGCGGCCACGGAGGAAAUAGGCAGCUGGGACAGACCAAUGGACGUGCUGCUGUGCCCGGCCGCACCGCUCCAAGGCACGCCUCAUGAUGUGAAGCCCUGGUGGGGAUACUGCGCCCAGUGGAAUCUCCUGGACUACCCCAGCGGCGUGCUUCCUGCGGGAAGAGUCCUGGAAAGCGAUGCGUAUCCGGAGGGGUACCGGCCCGCCAAUGAUCUGGACAAGGAGAAUGCGGCGCUUUAUGACAAUAGCAUGUAUCUGGGGAUGCCAGUAGCCAUCCAGGUGGUUGCUUUGACACAUCAAGAUGAAGCGCUUAUAGGCGCAAUGAACUCCCAUGUGCUGGAUCUCAGCAAGCAAGCACUGCAUUUCAAGGGCUCCUUUCUAUCCAAGUCCGCCUCGUGCUCACACCAUGCCGGUGACCUUGCGGGCUCAUACUAUAGUACUUUCAUUCCUGGUUUUUUCUCUAGUCUUCUAAUUGAGGAGUAUAAUUACCAAUAG